AGGCAAAUCCAUUCUCAGUGUUCCCCAGCGCAGGAGUAUCCAUCCCUCUACGAUCCCCUGUACGGACUCGCCGGAACCGAAUCCGUCAUCGGACCAUUGACGGAACUGAGCAGAACUGAACUGAGCAAUCUUCAUGGCACGGCAAUAACUUCGAUCCACCCAACUUCUUCACUGCAGAAGCCGAAAGAUGAGCCUCGAGCCCUUCAACAGGUUGGUGAAGCUCGCAGCGCGGGCAUUCUACGAUGAUAUAUCGACUAAGGGAGAUAAUCAGCCGAAAACGGGGCGGAGCGAUAACCGUGGGAUUGCUGUCGUGGUGCUCGAUGCUCUUACAAGACGACAAUGGGUUAGAGAGGAAGAUUUGGCAAAAGAUUUGAAGCUGCACACAAAGCAGCUUCGUAGGACAAUUCGAUUUUUUGAAGAGGAGAAAUUAAUCGCCCGGGAACACAGAAGAGAAACAGCUAAGGGUGCCAAGAUAUUUAGUGCUGCAGUAGCUGCCACUGCUGAUGGUCAUCAUACGAAAGAGGGGGAAGAGAAGGUUAAGCUGCACACUCAUUCGUACUGCUGCUUGGAUUAUGCUCAGAUAUAUGAUGUUGUUAGAUACAGAUUGCACCGAAUGAGGAAAAAGUUAAAGGAUGAGCUGGAAAACAAGAACACGGUUCAGGAGUAUAUAUGCCCUAACUGCAGCAGAAGAUACACGGCGUUGGAUGCAUUACGAUUGAUCUCUCCAGAUGAUGAAUAUUUUCACUGUGAGAACUGCAAUGGAAAACUUGAGGCAGAGAGUGACAAGAUAGCAGCUCAAGAAGCAGGAGAUGGAGAUGACAAUGCAAGAAGACGUAGGCGUGAGAAAUUAAAGUCUAUGCUUCAAAAAAUGGAGGAACAGUUAAAACCUCUAGUAGAUCAACUCACCAGAGUAAAGGAUUUGCCUGUUCCCGAGUUUGGGAAUCUUCAAGCAUGGGAAGCUCGUGCACAUGCCGCUGGACGUGGAGGUCUUGGUGAUGGUAGUUCUAAUGAUCCUUCUAAAUCCUCUCAAGGGCUAGGCUAUGGUGGAACCCCGAUGCCAUUUCUCGGCGACACGAAGGUUGAAGUUGCCUUUGCUGGUCUCGAUGGGAAGGAUGAUGUUAAAUCCGAAACUGUUAGUGCAUCUUUGAAAGUUUUGCCUCCAUGGAUGAUAAAGCAAGGAAUGAACCUCACGAAGGAACAAAGAGGAGAGGUUAAGGAGGAAGUUAAGAUGGAUGGCACCUCAACAUCCUCUACAUUCUCAGAUGACAAGAAAUCAUCAGUCGAGACUGAUGAUAAGAAGAGUAUACAGGACGAGUAUGUUAAAGCAUACUAUGCUGCGCUGCUCAAGAAACAACAGGAGCUAGAAGAAGCUGCAAAGAAGCAGCAGGAGUUAUCAAGUUCGAAUGCAGCUAAUGGCGAUACUGGAACAUCUUCAACUCGGCAAGUUGGCAUGAAGUUGAAGCGUGAAGACGAUGAGGGAGAUGAGGACGUUGAAUGGGAGGAAUCUAAUGUGGCCGGCAAUACAAACGAGAAUUACAAGGUGAAUGACUUGAAUGUGCAAGCCGAACCUUCAGGGGAGGAUGAGGAUGAGGACGACAUAGACUGGGAGGAAGGUUGAAGACGGGCAUUGAAUUAUGUCCAUCUCCUUUCUAAUGGCACGGCUAAUUGACAUAUUGUCAUUUUGACUCCAUAUUCUUAACCCCCUUAUACCUUUUUAUUGGGGGGGGGGGGGGAACCAACGAUAGAACAGUUUUAUACCCUUUCUUUGGCUGUAGUAGUAGUUCCUCGAGUCAUUCGUCUUUGCAGCUGUCUAGAUCCUUUCUGAGGAUAUCGUGCCGGACCCUUCAAAAUAUAUCCUUUCCGUAGUGAGGGAUUCUGGUGAAUUGUUGUAGAAAUCCCUCUUUCGCAGUAUUCCGUCUUGAAACGUGAUGAUUAUUAGAUAGGAAUGAUCUGAUUGCAACGGAAGACUAUCCUUUCCUCCUUAUCGUGUCUUUUAGUGCUGUAAACUGUACCAUCACUAACAUAAUAACAUCUGCUAAAUCUUAAUUGGGAAUGUAAUUUCACAACAUUA